UGUUACAUGCACUAGAAUUUUACGCAGUUUAUAAGAAUAGAGUGCUAAGCAGUGAGACAGGUGCAUAGAAAUAUGGAAGAAUUAAAAUUAGGACAAAUGCUUGGUGCGGCUUGUGGCUUUAUGAUUUUACUUCUAAUUGUCAUGAUUGUUGUCGUUUUGCUUACGAUUUUUGUGCAGAUAAUUAUCUGGCUUAGUAAGAUUAUUUUGAAGAUAGGAUGGAACGUGCUAGAUUGUGUACUUUUUGUCUUUGGUCAUGACGAAUGUGCUGAAUCGAGACUGAUCUGUGAUGUAUGUAAGCUAAGAAAUGACCAAAUCGUCCGAUACUGCCACGAGUGUAAAUUGUAUGUUUGUUCCCGAUGCUACAGAAUACACCAACAGUUCAGUUCGUGUAGGGAUCAUCAAACAUUCACCUGCAAAGAAAAAGGCAUAGGGCAUACAGAUGUUCCUUUAUCACGCAAACAUUUAGAAGAAGAUAGUGUGAGAGAAGUAGAAGAUCCUAAGGUCGGAAUGCAUACGGUUUCAAUAACGAAACUACAAAGAGCGAUUACGCUAUGCGUUUGUAAAAACGUAUGGAAAUCUAAAGUGCAUUUUGUGAAUAUAGAAGCGAAUAAACCUGAAUAUGUGCUACAAUCUCAUCUCACUCAGUUAGGGAACUGGAACUUUUGUAAUUUUCUAACUGUUCUUCCAAAUUCCGGUUGUUUCUUUAUUGCAAUCUCCGGAAACGCCAUACAUUUCAUAGCCGCGAAUGUUCCAUUGCUGGAAAAACUGAAACAUUUUCAAAAGAUAAUUUCUUACCAAUUUUCCAAAAUAAGGUACCAAUUGACAACGUGUGCUUAUCCACCUAAGAUAGAAAUUAAAGAAAAUGUUUACAAAGGUUCAAGUAUGCCAACUCUAUUCACAGAAUUCAAUGACGGAGUAGCCGUGUUAGCUAUGAAAAACAAUAGGAAAUUCAGAUUAGUUCCUAAUUGGUCUAUAACAUUUUAUACAUACGAAGGAAAAUUUAUUCGCAAGUGCUUUUUGAAGAGAUCAAGCGAAGGCGAACUUCUUUUCCAGAACCCUGUGUGCAUGAAGUCCACCUUAAAAAACACAUUAAUCAUUUGCGAUUCCAGCGAAUCAGAUAAACUUGUUUUUGAAGUUGAUGUAGAUGGUAACAUUUUGUUAGAAGUAAAUUUGAAAGGAAAAGUAACAGAAUCUAUAACAGCUGUUACAACUGAUGGAGAAGGUAACAUCUAUGUUUCCGGGCAACGUGAAGUGCUACAGAUAUCUGAGAAUGGUCAGAAAAUUAGAGAAAUGCUAUCUAAUAGAAGAUAUAUGGAUUACAGAUACAUUUCGGAUUUAUGCUUUUCGGAGAACACUGAUAAGCUUUAUGUUCUAGUGGCACAUAACAGACAGUUCACUCUGGUGUCAUUCAGAUUUAUAUAUCUGCCAUGAAAAGUCGCACUUUCAAACAAGUGGUUGUGGUUUUUGUGGUUUGAUUUUGUAUAAUAUUAGUUUAUAUCAGCU